AUGACUUCUGUUGUUAUAUCUGCCAUUACGAGUUUGGUUCAAACCGAAAACGUCGCUCCAUCAUCUGUCAGCUCAAGCUUCGACUCCAUUGAGUCUUCAAUGUCUAACUCUGCUUCCGUUUCCACCGUCACCAGUCUCAGCAGUGGCUCCAGCUUUAGUUCGAGCUCUAGCUCUAGGUCUAGCAGAAGUUCUUCAAGCUCUGCGUCUGCAUCGAACGGUGCGGCGGCUGUUGGCGCAAUUGCGAACCCUGUUUCCUGGAAAGCAGGGGCUAUGCUAGGUGCAUUCUUUUUUGGUUCAUUCGUCCUAGGUACCAGCUUGUGA